AUGACUAGGACCAGGCCCGGUCGUCGAGAUGAAAUCUCGGACAUUGCACUGGGUGCUGCCAAGCCUAUUCUCGAUGUUCUUGAGACUGCUCUCGAUCUCGCCCCCGUACCUGGGCUGGGCCUCAUACCGAAAGCGUUAUCGACUAUCAUAGACAUCGUCGAGGCCGCCCGAGCGAACAAAGAGUCACGAGAGGCUUUUAUCGCAAAGGCAAAGGCGUUAGGAUCUGCCAUCAAGGAGACGCUUGAGAGUGCGAAUAUUUUGAUAGCCCGCUAUGGCGGAGACGAAGAUAAGACAAUGGAAGCAAUGGAUAAGAUCGCGUACUCUGAAGAGCUCACGAGUGGGGCUCAGGAUUUGUUAAGAAAACUCGGAGACCUCGUGAAAGCUGCUCGCAAACUGAAGGUCGACGCCGGUCGAGUCCGCGGAUUCCUCAGGGGCAUCACGGAUGCGUCACGGAACAAGACUGCCCUGAAGCGCAUGGAGAAUAGUCUAGGGAUCGCCGUCAAUGAAUUCCAUCACAAAUCUCAACUUGCGAUUGACAAAGGCAUACAGGAGAUCCAACAUCUCUUGAAGGAAGCGAGCGAACAGAGGGUUAUCGACAGCCUGGUCCGGGCAGAUGCAGGAUAUCACUCCGUCGACGAGCGCAAGAGCGGCUUCAAGGAAGGCACUCGGAAAGAUCUCUUCGACGAGCUUGACCUUUGGUCCACUGGCCGCUUCCCUGAGUCGAGUCCCAAGCGCUUUUACUUUCUCGCCGGCAGUGCCGGUGUGGGGAAGACUGCUAUUGCCCACCAGCUCUGCAAGCGUCUUGCCGACUUCGAGUCGUCGCCGCCCAGUGUUUCUCUCCUUGGCGCGUCGUUCUUCUUCGUUCGCGGUGACAAAAACAAAGGAUCGGCUCGCCUACUAUUCCCCACCCUUGCCCGCCAACUUGCCUCAUUCCAACCCUCUCUUCGUGCUCACAUUGUCAAUGCUUCCCGAGAGUACAUUAAGCAGGGCGACCGCCAGCAGAUCGAGUACGCCUUCAACAUGCUCCUCUAUCGGCCUCUCGUCAAGGCUUCCACAUCCCACCAGGCUCCGGUCUUCCUUGUCCUUGAUGCACUUGAUGAGUGCAUAGAGGAGGAAGAAUUGUCCACCUCACUAAGACUCCUUGUUAAGUUGGUCCACAAGGUGCCCUGGUUGUAUAUCUUCGCCACGUCGCGACCAGACGUCGCCAAUAUUGUGCACAUGCGGAACCUCAACGAUACCCUUGAAGACUGGGAGGGCGAUGUCGAACGCUAUCUGACGGACGCUCUGCUCAAGAUGCCCUUGUACGAAGAGAGAGUGCUCAGCAACUCUCACUCUGUGGCAGACCUCGUUAAGCGCGCCGGAGGACUGUUUAUCUUUGCUCGUACUGCCCUGGACACCCUGGAGAGGCACCCGAACCAAGAGGAAGCCUUCGCGGCUGUGCUUUCGCCAACAGAAUCAUCACCCAUGGAUUCAAUGUAUCUCGAUAUAUUGCGGUCGGCAUACCCCCCUCCAUACCUGCAGCAGUUCCCUCGUCUACACGGCUGCUUGCUAUCGCUGCUAGCCAUCAUCGCUCUACAGUUCACCUUACUACCACCCGGCGCCAUUACACUUCUCGGAAACGAUCUGUUCAAGAAGGACGUCAUCCAGAAUAGAAUAUCUGAGAACCAUGCCCUGGCCGGGGGGAUCGGUCUGUCGAAGGAGGAUGGCGACGAUAUACUAUCCCGUCUGUCCUCCGUUCUGUUCGUCACGAGCUCAAAUGGUUGCGUGACUCCUUUACACGUUACAUUCGGCGAGUUCCUUCUCAACUCUAAGCGCUGCGACUCGCUAUAUCACGUAGAUCGAGGCGAGGGGCACGCAGGUCUUGCAUCUGCUUGCAUCUCUGCGUUCUCACUCAAGACAGCAAUAGACUUCCUAGCCGCCUGCCGCGACAACGAGUUUACCAUGAAGUCUUAUGGGUUUUAUCUAAUGCGUUUCUCGUCCCUACACCUUCGCAACGCCGCGGGCAACGAAGAAUUAGCGAAGGACUUGCGUACCAUGUCUCAAGGCGUCCAAGUACCCAUCAUGUUAAGGACCACGCGCUUUGUUCCGGACUCCGCGGUCCAUGAUGAAGAUCAAAGCUUGUGGAAAGAUAUUAAAGACUUUGAGGAACGCCGCGGACGUCAUGUUCGAAUCGACCAAAGCUCACGCUCGAGUGACGAAAGUUCGAGUAUUUCCAGCGAAUACAUCAAGUUUGCCGCUUACAGCAAGAAAUAUCUUGAUUACAUCCUCAGCUAUUCAGCUUCACCUGUGCCACAGAUCACACAGGAAGAUAUUCUCAGGUCUAUACGAGAGGAUCCGGCUUUACCUGGAAAGUCCGAUUUUGGUCAAAUCGACAUAGAAAGAUACCGGAGUGUGUUAGAGGGACUAAAGAGAGAUAUCGACGACGAUGCAAGGGCGACGGACUUAUGGUAUGACCGUUCCCUACCCAGUAAGAACGUCGAUGAGCUGUAA